AUGGCGAUCUCCGGCGACGACAGGUACGCCCCCGCCGCCGACUCCGGCGGCGGGAAGCUCUGGAACCUCUGCCGCAUGCCCUUCAGGCAGGCCAGCGGCGCGCCGGCGCCAGCGUCGUCCUCCUCCUCGUCCGGGAUCCACCACUCGGCCGGCCGCUACGGCCAUGAGGCGCCCGUCGCCGGAGACGGCGGCGCCCCUGCCGCGCCGGCCGGGAUCUCGACGGUCGCCAAAUCUCUGCUGCCGGCGCGGCGCCGCCUCCGGCUCGAUCCGUCCAACAAGCUCUACUUCCCAUAUGAACCAGGCAAGCAGGUCAAGAGUGCAAUUAGGAUAAAGAAUACAAGCAAGUCACAUGUAGCAUUCAAGUUUCAAACAACUGCACCCAAGAGUUGCUUUAUGCGUCCUCCUGGAGCCAUACUUGCCCCUGGCGAGACUAUCAUAGCGACUGUUUUCAAGUUUGUCGAGCACCCAGAGAAUAAUGAGAAUGUUCUGCAGAAGUGCAAGGUCAAGUUCAAGAUUUUGAGCUUGAAGGUCAAAGGACCCAUGGAAUAUGCACCAGAAUUGUUCGACGAGCAGAAAGAUCAGGCAGUGGUUGAGAAGAUACUGAGGGUUGUUUUCUUGGAUGUUCAAAACCCAGGCCCUCAACUGGAAAAGCUGAACACUCAGUUAGCCGAGGCAGAAGCUGCACUUGAGGCGCGGAAGAAACCUCCAGAAGAGAAUGGUCCUAAAAUUGUUGGUGAAGGGCUUGUCAUUGAUGAAUGGAAAGAGAGGAGGGAAAGAUACCUCGCACAACAACAGGUUGAAGCGGUCGACUCGGUGUAA